UUUUAACUUAAACACCACAUAAACCUAAUUGAACUACUCCCGACGCUACUCGACACCAUGGAUGACCUCUACGAUGAAUUCGGAAAUUUUAUUGGGGAGGAUGCCGAAGCAUCUGAAGAGGAAUCCGAGCGUGGAGUCGACUUGGACGCGUAUAUCGACGACAAUGUCCCCGAGGAGGCGCCAGAAGUCACAGGGCAGGAGUUAAUGGAAUUGGACGACGGCCCAUCAAAUGCGGUGAUAUUACACGAAGAUAAACAGUACUACCCGUCGGCGGAACAGGUCUAUGGUCCAGAUGUCGAGAUAUUAGUAGAAGAAGAGGAUGCGCAACCUCUCUCAGAACCUAUCGUCGCGCCUGUCGACGUGAAGAAGUUUUCUAUCGAAGAGGAAGACCUCCCCCCCGUCCACUUCGACCGCAACUUCAUGACCGAUCUCAUGAACUUUCCCGACCAAAUACGAAACAUAGCCUUAGCUGGAGACCUCCAUCAUGGCAAGACCGCAUUCAUGGACAUGCUGGUCCUCGAAACUCAUGACAUCACCGACAAAUUAGAAAAGCGACAAGGAAGAAAGAGAGAUGAGCAACUACGAUAUACAGACACACAUAUCGUGGAAAGGGAAAGAGGCGUUUCCGUAAAGGCGGCGCCGAUGAGCUUGGUGCUGCAAAGUACCAAGGGCAAGUCACACUUAUUUAACAUAAUAGAUACCCCCGGUCAUGUUAAUUUCGUCGACGAGGUCGCGGCGGGAUUGCGACUAGUGGAUGGCGUUGCGCUAGUAGUGGACGUAGUGGAAGGCGUCCAAGUCAACACGGAGCAGAUCAUCAAACACGCGGUCCUCGAAGAUAUCCCGAUGACGCUAAUAAUCAACAAGAUGGAUAGACUAAUACUGGAACUGAGACUCCCACCAAGCGAUGCUUACUUCAAGCUAAAGCAUGUUGUCGAAGAGGUGAACACUAUCAUCGAGAACACCCGCCCAGGCUCGGGAGAGCAACGGCGAUUAAGUCCGGAGAAGGGAAAUGUGCUAUUUGCAUGCAGUGAGAUGGGCUGGUGCUUUACGCUACAGUCAUUUGCGAAGAUGUACGCAGACGGCUUCGCAGGCGUGAAUAUGGAGGAAUUCGCAAAACGUCUCUGGGGUGAUAUCUACUUCAACCCAAGCAAGAGGACUUUCAGCAGGAAACCUCUGCCUGGCGAGAAAGGCGCUAAGAGAUCAUUCAUACACUUCGUUCUUGAGCCCAUCUACAAAGUCUUCUCUCACACCAUCAGUUCGAGCCCUGAAGACCUCAAAGAAGUUCUAGCAAAAUUAGGCAUAACGCUCAAGCCAUCACAAUACAAGACAGACGCAAAAGUGCUCCUGAAGCUAGUCUGUGAACAGUUCUUUGGUCCGUCGGCUGGUUUUGUCGAUAUGAUCGUUAAGAAUGUCCCGUCUCCAUUAGAGGCGGCCGAACACAAGUUGGAACAGUACUACACGGGCCCCUUAGACACCAAGGUCGCCGAGUCUAUGAAGAAGUGCGAUCAGGAUGGCCCCUUGGUGGUGCAUAUCACAAAACUCUUCAACUCUGCUGAUGCUAAGAGUUUCUACUCUUUCGGUCGAGUGAUGAGCGGUAUUGCUCGACCCGGGAUGCAAGUGAGGGUUCUCGGAGAAGGCUAUUCUAUCGACGACGAAGAGGAUAUGGCUAUGGCAACCAUCUCAGAUGUCUAUAUCGCUGAAACGCGAUAUAACGUCCAGACCAGUGGUGUCCCGGCCGGAAACUGGGUGUUGCUGAGCGGCGUCGAUAACUCGAUCGUGAAGUCGGCAACAAUAGUACCACCGAAGUUGGAAGAUGAUGAGGAAGCCUACAUCUUCAGACCAGUCACACAUUUCACCGAGUCGGUCUUGAAGGUAGCAGUCGAACCCAUCAACCCGUCGGAACUUCCAAAGAUGCUUGACGGCCUGAGGAAGAUCAACAAGAGCUACCCUCUAAUCACGACCAAGGUCGAGGAGUCAGGCGAGCACAUCAUCCUGGGCACAGGCGAACUCUACAUGGACUGCGUCCUUCACGACCUGCGACGACUGUAUGCAACGAUGGAGCUCAAGGUAUCGGAUCCCGUCACGCGCUUCUGCGAGACAGUUGACGAGAUGUCCGCUACCAAAUGUUACGCAAUUACCCCGAACAAGAAGAAUAAGAUUACUAUGGUCGCCGAGCCGCUCGACGACGGAAUCGCGGAAGAUAUCGAGAGCGGCCGUGUCAAGAUGCAGGACGGUGCCCGAAAAGUGGGAAAGUUCUUCCAGGACAAGUACGGAUGGGAUCUACUGGCGGCGAGGAGUAUUUGGGCAUUCGGGCCGGAUGAGAAAGGACCUAACAUAUUGCAGGACGACACACUUGAGGUAGAUAAGACGCUUCUGAGAAGCGUGCGAGAGACCAUUCGCCAAGGCUUCAGUUGGGCUACCAGAGAGGGACCUCUGUGCGAAGAACCGAUUCGCAAUACCAAGUUCCGCAUCAUGGACGUGUCACUAGCACAGGAGGCCAUAUUCAGAGGUGGCGGUCAGAUCAUCCCGACGGCGCGACGCACUUGCUACAGUUCGUUCUUAAUGGCGUCGCCAAGACUCAUGGAACCGCUAUACGCGUGUUCGAUGACUGGGCCGCAGGAUGCGGUCCCGGUGCUGUACAACGUGCUCGCGCGCCGUCGCGGACACGUGCUAGCUGACGGCCCUAUCGCCGGUACUCCACUAUACCGCGUCAAUGGACUGAUCCCCGUCGUCGACUCCUUCGGGUUCGAGACGGACGUAAGGAUCCAGACGCAGGGUCAGGCUAUGGUUAGUCUCGUCUUCGAUAAGUGGCAGAAGGUGCCCGGCGAUCCGCUCGAUAAAGAGGUCGUGCUACGUCCGCUGCAGCCCGCCGAUGCGCAGGCUACAGCGAGGGAUUUCGUGCUCAAGACGAGAAGGAGGAAGGGGUUGAGCGAGGAUGUUAGCGUUGCGAAGUUCCUUGAGCCGGAGUUCUAUCAGAGUUUGAUGGAGAGCGGGACUUUAGGGAGUCCGUGAAUGGGAGGGUUUUGUGUCUAGUAAGUUAGAGCUACGGUUGAAGGCUCCGUCUUAAAGGGAUGACAAUAUGGCAACGUUGGUAGAUUCGACUAUUGUACUAUACAAUCACAUAGCAGAGGUCGUUUCCAUCGACGGCAUAAAGAAAGGGCAGCCUCGUGCUAAAAUUUAGACGAUGGGCGUUAGGCUAUUACGGUUUACUAGUCUACAAGGGGGGAAGGUCGACGCCAAGGCUAUUCCUGGAAUAUAAAGAAAACGAACGUACCUACUUACUUACCUAGUUACUUACUUACUCACUCAGUACGCCGUU